AUGCCGCCGGCUGGCCGGCCGGCCGGCCAAUCCGGCGGCGAUCCAUGUUGGGCGAGCGAAAAAAAAUCUGGGUGCCGGUAGCAGGGGCGAGCAGCGCCGGCAGAUUGGCCGGCUGGGGCUGUCGACCACCGCGGGCUCGGGCAGUAGGCUAGGCCAAGUGUGCGGACGCCGCCUCGUCCGGUCGCCCCAAUCUCUGUACUCGGACCCGCCGGGCCAGUCACUGCAGAGGAACCGGUUCCCGUUUCAGUGUCUCAAAAGAUCAUGCGUGCAAUCACGGGCUCCGCGUUCCGCCUCCCGGACCCCAGCCCCGGGGAGUCCAUCAUGCACCAGGCGCUCGUCGGCGUCAUCGCCUCUCCCAGCGGCGGCGACCGCUACAUGGUCGCCGAGCUCGUGCCCUCCUUCGGCAGCGAGAGGGCAGACCUCCGCUGCUUCUCCUCCGACCUCGGCGAGUGGGUCAACAAGCGCGUGCACUACCCGCUGCCACCGUGGAUCCCGUCGCCGCUCUGCACGCUCGCUCACCACGGCAGGCUCUGGUGGGCCGACUACUCCUGGGGCAUAAUCACCGCCGACCCCUUCGCCGACGACCCCGUGCUCGGCUUCGUCCCGCUCCCCCGGCCUUGCGUGCUCGAGUGCAGGGAGGUCCACGGGGUGCUCGACAAGUUCCGCUACACUGGGGUCAGCGCCGGCAGCCUGCGCUUCGUCGACACCUACCGCCGCGGAGGCGCCCCCAACAAGGUGACCGUCUGGACUCUGCCCAACCCCGACGCUACAGAGUGGACGCUGGAGCACGAGGCCACCUUCGUCGACAUCUGGGCCGACGACACCUACAAGGCCACUGGCCUCUCCAAGAAGGUCCCCGUGCUCGCGCUCAUCCACCCCUACAACCCCGCCGUCGUCUACUUCUUCCUGGAGGACCACCUCUUCGGCGUCGACGUGCGGGCCCGCAAGGUUGUCGAGUGCUACCGCUACCAUCUGGUGGCGCCUCCCCGCGCCUACCCCAUCGCCAACCGAUUCAUCCGCGCUUGGGAGCUGCCGCGUGCUGUCUCCUCAGGGCUGAGGAAUCGGUCGAGUGACAUCAGCUCUCCUGAACCAACUGCAACACCACCUUACCGGCCAAUGCCUGGAGACUACCACUUGUUUGGCAUCUCCAGUAUGGUGGCACCCAAAGAAUGAGCUGAGGAGCAACGGUAUGCAGCUGUUUAAUGUUCUAGGUUUAGCUAGCAGUGCUGAACUCAAGCUAUGGCAUGAUGGCGUGUUUUUGGGUGGGAUAUUACAUGCUUUUGAAGCAUUAUAUGAUACUUAGCUGUAUGGUAUGAUGGAUCGCUGCUAUGGACCUAUGGUGGAGCACUGCACUCGAUGAUCAGGGUGCAUGUGACCUGGAUCAUGCUUGAUUUCAGUGACUUGAACCGCAAUGCUAUGCUAUUUGCUCUUGACCGACUCACUGGUCCACGCAAUUGCUGUUUCAUGCUUUUAUGUUGAUCUUGUGGUGUGAGCUAGCUCGAAGAAGUUCAUUAUUGAUCGUGGCCAGUGGCCUGAGUGGAAGUAGUUAGAAUCUGGGAUGAAGUUCCAUUCAUUUCGGUGUUCAGCACCGAGCAAACUGUCAGUCUGCAAUGAUCCAUGUGAGCAAUGGUGCUUGGUUUCUAACCGGUUGGCUGGUUCCGGCUGACAAGAUUGAUGCUUGCCGGUUGUGGAGUCAGGGAUUCACCCGUUGUGGUUGGCUACUUGCUGCUGCUCUGAAUUAAAAUUGGUUGUCGUUA